AGGGAAGAUUUCAGCUGCUGUUGGGGGGCGCCAGUAACAGUUUCUUCUUGGUCUUUCUUUUGGAAGGAAAUAUCAGAGUGCAUGGACAAAUGUUCUAAGCCCUGGGACAUAGGAAUAAAGCAGAAGAGGACCUUGCCCUCAUAGACCUUACAGUCUAAUAGCAGGUGUUUGCUGAAGGCAGUUUACUCAGAUCACUAUCACCUGGAAGUGGUUGAUAUAUCCUGGUACAAACCUUCAAGGAAGAAGCAACACGACAAUAUGGACCAGCAACUGAAGAAAAAGGUAAAGACUUGUGGCUGGAAAGGCUUGGGUAGAAGAGCCUUCAGUGGGGAUAAACCAAAGCCAUCCAAGCCACGGCCAGCCCAACAAGAACCUUUUGACAUGCCAUGGGCCUUAGAAGAUGAAGGUGUAUUCUUUGAAAGUAGCCACCUAGUUGUUGGAGAAGAUUCCUUCUCUGAUUGUUACAUAGAAUGCAUAAUAAGAGGUGAGUUUUCUGAACCCAUCCUGGAAGAAGACUCACCGAAGUCCCUUAACUACCAGGAAGAAGAAUCAGAACAAGAGCUUUCUCAACAGGUUCUUACUGCAAGCUCGCUUCUGGGGAAAUCCUUGAAAUGUGUGCAAAAAGGGGCAAAACAAGAACUUUCUCAGCAGACUGGAGAGAAUUCACAGCUUGAAUAUUCAGAGUAUGAGACAGGCAAGAAGCUUUCUCCUGGAGGAAUACCCAGCACUGAUGUAUCAGAUCCUAAACAGUUUGCAGAAUUUGCUAGAAAGAAGCCCACAAAAAAUAAGGAUUAUGAUGCUCCAGAAAGAAUUGUUUGUCCUCACAGUGGAUGCACAAAAAAGUUAAAGAAUAGAGCUUCCCUGAGAAGGCAUCUCCUCGUUCAUGCUCCCCGAGAUCAUGUAUGUGCAGAAUGUGGGAAAGCAUUCAAUGAGAGUGCAAAACUAAAAAGACAUUUUCUGGUUCAUACUGGAGAGAGGCCAUUUCGGUGUACUUUUGAAGGGUGCGGAAAACGUUUUUCCCUGGACUAUAAUUUGCGUACCCACGUACGUAUCCAUACUGGGGAGAAACGUUUUGUGUGUCCCUUUGAAAGCUGUCAUAAGAGGUUUGUCCAGUCAAAUAACCUGAAAGUUCAUAUGUUAACUCAUGCAAAGACCAACAAAAAUCCGUGAAAGAGAAGAUAGAAAAUAAUCCUUAAACAAGAUGAGCAUAUUAACAAAAUAGUGAUUUGGGGACAUAUGUACCUUAUUACUAUCUCCCAAAAAGAACUUUUUCAAGCAAUUACAACCCUACAUGGUAUAUAUUUUUUUAAUGUUACUACAAUGCUCCUAAAACUUAUGGUAUCAUUUUAGAACACUUUUAGAACAUUUUAGAGCAGUUGCUAAAUGCUCAAUUUCCAACAGUAUAUUUCUAAUGGGAAGGCCAGUAAUUAAUUUACUUCAAAAGCAUAAUCCUUAAUACAUUAUGAAUUGGAUUGCUAGAUUUUCACAGGCUAUAAGUACGAAAUUAACUUUUUAAAGUGUGUAGUUGCGAAUUGUUUAGCUUUUGCCUUUUAGGAAUAAACUUCAUGCUACGUGUGAUAAUCAUAGAGAAUGAAAAUUUUGCUGUAGAUUGUCAAUAAGUAAAUGAGUAGUUAAACAUUUUUAAAAGAUAAAUAUUUUUUAAUCCUAUUUUAUCAUUGUAUGAAACUAUACUGAAAUCAUGUAGUUAGAUUUGAAUAGUUAUUUGGUAGUAUCAAUUCAUUUGAGUCCAUUUUAGGUAUUUUAAAAGGAAAUAAAACUCCAGAGAUGCUAAA